AUGGCUUCCAACGAUCCAACUGGUCUCCAGAGCGACCGGAGGCGGGAACAGAGGGCGGCGAAGCCGAUUUUGCAUCCGAGGAGUUUCACGACGAGAGUGCGUUGCCAUGGCUCGCAUAUCUUGUUCUUGAAAGACGCCGAGAUUCUCAAUGCCGGUUCCCCAUUCCGUUCGCCCGGGAUGAGGUCGUGUUCCCCGACAGGGGUCCACAGACUGGUAGUAGUUCUCUGA